UCGGGUACAAGCCGCCGAGACCUUUAUCAGCCGGUACAACUUGGCUGGAAGUACCAAACAUGGUGAAAUGGUGGGAUGAGAUAAUAAGAGAAGAGAACCAAAUAAGGAAAUGAGUGAGACGAAGAUGGAGUCAACCAACAGUGGCCCAAAUGCAACCCUGCGGCCCCAGUCCCAGCACCACCAGCAGCAGAGACAGAAACUCAACGAGCCGGCCGACUAUCCUCGAUGGAACUCCGAAUUAAUCGAGGCAUUAAGAGCGAGGGACCUGCUUCCUUAUGUCACUGCGAGUGUUUUGGAGCCUUCGGGUGACGAGGAUUCCCCGGCACGCUUACGAUGGAGGAAGAACCGGCUUACUGUCUUGCUCAUGAUGAAGCGCUCUCUAGCGCCUGAAAUGAAGAUCAGAUUAACCGACGCCGGGUGGCUUUCCGUUCACAAUAAAGAUCCGAAGAAGAUGUAUGAUAUGAUUCGCAAGGUUUCUCAGGAAGACCCGUAUGAAAAAAGGGAAGCGAAGCCUAUAUCUCAACCUCUAUCACCCUUGGAAUCGAACGCUACUACGGAUGAUCUUGCGAUGGAGAUUGAAUUGAUAGAGCAUGAGGAUAGCGAGGAAGACUGGACUGCUAUUGAUCUACCAUCGAAAGCACUACUACCCGAGUCUAUCCAAGACCGCGUCCUACGUGUAUGGAACGACCUUCGGGAUUUAACCGCCUACUACGAUAUCGAAGGCUCGGCAUCACGGAACGCGCGACUCGAAGUGUUCUUCCGAGACGAAUUAGCCGAGCUCGAGAGACAACCCUUUGACUCAUACUCCUCUCAGGAUGAUAGGGCUGAUCACCUUUUACUACGCAACUAUAUGAAACGCGCCCGUCGUACCCUUGAGCUUGACAAGGUACGUGAUGCAAAAUUCGCGCCAUUCAUCGAGCCAUUCGCCACGCCUAUCAUAGCUUGGUGUGAACAACGCCGACGCGUUGAACCCGUCAACCCUAAGAAACUUGCGACUAGUAUCAACGCGACGCAGAAGCUCAUUCUUCAAGCGCGCGACCAUGUUACAAAUAAUGUUAGCAAGUAUUCCAAAGCCACUGGCUACCGUGCCGCUCGGAGGGUUGCCGAGCUACGCGAAAAGCUCGCGGAAGCAUACGGUUUCUACAAGGAUUACGAUCCCCUAUUCGACUGGUGGGUAACGGAGCCGUACAAGAAAAUAGACAAGGCGCUCGGCGACACAGUCGAAUUCCUACGCGAAGUUCUAGUAGGUGUCAAACCAGGCGAUGACGAGACUAUUGUCGGAGAGCCUAUCGGUCGUGAUGGUCUCCUUACCGACCUCGAAGCCGAGAUGAUACCAUAUACGCCGGAAGAGCUUCUCCGAAUUGCCGAAAAGGAGUAUGCAUGGUGCGAGUCGGAAAUGAUCAAAGCAUCGCAAGAACUCGGCUUUAGCAGUAACUGGCGCGCUGCACUCGAGCACGUUAAGAACAUGUACGAGCCACCGGGAUCCUACCCCUCUUUCAUUCGCUCCCUUAUCAACGAAGGUGCCGCUUAUGUCAAACGGCAUGACCUCAUAACCGUCCCGCGCGUCGCUGAGGAAGCUAUCCGAAUGACUAUGAUCGAAGCAGAGCGACAGAAAGUCUCCCCUUUCUUCCUCGGCGGACCCACAAUGCAAAUGUCAUAUCCAACACGCGCCAUGCCGCACGACGCAAAACUCAUGUCCCUACGCGGCAACAAUCGACCGUUUAGCCGUGCGACCGCGUUUCAUGAGAUGAUACCAGGACAUCAUUUACAAAUCUUCAUGGGCGAAAGACAUCACCAUUACCGCACGGCCCUAUUUGAUACACCGUUUUUUGUUGAGGGCUGGGCGCUAUACUGGGAGAUGGUGCUUUGGGAACGAGGCGACUUCUUUACGACGCCGGAGGAUCGUGUAGGGUCCUUGUUUUGGCGCAUGCAUCGGUGCGCGCGUAUUCUAUUCUCCAUGAAAUUCCACCUGGGUCAGCUUGAUGCGAGACAAUGCGUUGAUCUACUAGUUGGUAAGGUGGGCCAUGAGCGCGCUACGGCUGAGGGCGAGGUUAGGAGGAGCCUUGGUGGUGAGUAUUCGCCGUUGUACCAAGCGGGGUAUAUGUUAGGCGCGCUGCAACUCAUGCGUCUUCGGAAGGAAGCUGUGGGUAAGGGACACGGACGCAUACGCGAGAAAGAGUUCCAUGACCGCAUUUUGAGAGCAAAUGUUAUGCCGAUUGAGAUGUUACGAGCGCUGAUACUGGAUAAGGAGUUGAACAAGGACUUCAAGACUAAGUGGAGAUUCUAUGAUGAUAAACUAUGAGGUGGAAUCGGCGUGUAAGACUUGGAGUUUAUGUAACUUUUAUUGCUUUAUC